AUGCCGGUGGCAAAGAGUAGCAUUCCAAAAUGGGGCCCCACGGCCGCCGCCCCUAUUACAUUCGAACGAAACCUGGAGCGAAGCCCAAGCUCAGAAGGCAACCAAAGAGAACAGUUAGUUGUGCGGCGCGGUAAUGGGCUGCGCCGGGCCGUGCACGGGGCGGCUUUUAAACGAGAAUUGAAUUAUUGCACGUCGCGCAUUUAUCAGCGGCCCGUGAAUAAUCGCCCGGAGAAGCAACGGUCGCCCCCCGAAGGACUCAAUUUCGCGUUCAAAAGCGCGCUCCGUCCGCAAUUUCGGUUGCAUUCGCACCCCGAGAUCGAUGGAGUUGGCGCGAUAGCGGCGUUUAAGGGCGACGAAAGAUUUUGGCGC